GCGGUGCCGGGCCGGUCCCGCCCGGCGCUGACGGUGUUGCUGUGGCAGGGCAGGGCCCGCGGAGCCCCCGGCGCCGGGAGGGGAUGCGAGCAUGGCCAUGGCCCAGGCGGGGGCCGCGGCCGCGGCUGCCACGGGGCUCCUCGUCUUCCUGCUGUACUCCGCCAUCCACAGGGUCGAGGAGGGACACCUGGCCGUGUACUACAGGGGCGGUGCGCUGCUGACCAGCCCGAGCGGCCCUGGCUACCACAUCAUGCUCCCGUUCAUCACCACCUUCAAAUCCGUGCAGACCACGCUGCAGACUGAUGAAGUGAAGAAUGUGCCUUGUGGGACAAGUGGUGGUGUUAUGAUCUACAUUGACCGAAUAGAAGUUGUGAAUAAGCUGGCUCCAUAUGCAGUGUACGACAUCGUGAGGAAUUACACCGCAGACUACGACAAGACCUUGAUCUUCAACAAAAUCCACCACGAGCUGAAUCAGUUCUGCAGCGCCCACACCCUGCAGGAGGUGUACAUCGAGCUCUUUGAUCAGAUAGAUGAGAACUUGAAGUUGGCCCUGCAGAAAGACCUCAAUGUCAUGGCACCAGGUCUCACUAUCCAGGCUGUGCGUGUUACAAAACCCAAAAUUCCAGAGGCCAUCCGAAGAAACUUUGAGCUAAUGGAGGCUGAGAAGACCAAGCUGCUGAUUGCAGCCCAGAGGCAGAAGGUGGUGGAGAAGGAGGCAGAGACAGACCGGAAGAAAGCACUCAUUGAGGCAGAGAAGGCUGCACAGGUGGCCAAGAUUCACUACCAACAGAAGAUCAUGGAGAAGGAAACGGAGAAGCGGAUUUCUGAGAUUGAAGAUGCUGCAUUCCUGGCAAGGGAGAAGGCAAAAGCUGAUGCAGAAUACUACACUGCUCGGAAGCUGGCUGACUCCAACAAGCUGAAGCUGACCCCUGAGUAUCUGGAGCUGAUGAAGUACCAGGCAAUAGCUGCCAACAGCAAGCUGUACUUUGGUGACCGCAUCCCCGGCAUGUUCCUGGAUUCCUGUGCCUUCCAGCAGGCCAACCUGAGGACUGCCCAUGAACCAGCCUUCCUGCACAGGGAGCCCCAGACACCUCUGGAGAAAGCCCCCUCAGAGGCGAGGAGAGCACUGGCUGAGGGAGGCAGAAGGGAACCCGGUGUAGCUCAGCAGCGAGCCCGGCUGUGACCGGGGACGAGGCCCUGUGUCGGUGGGGCAGAUGCAGCACAUGCCUGGACAUCUUGUGUAUAGGUGGCAAUUGGGUUGAUUUUCUUCUAGCAACAGAUUGCAAGGGCUCUGCCUCUUCUGUUUCUCCCCCUGUUAAAUUGGUGCUUCCAAAGGAGGGAUAAUCCUGUACUAACAUACCUAUACUGGAAUAUUAAACGACAGACAGCAGGAAAGGCUCCCGGGGUAGGUGCAGUUAUUUAGCAGGCACUGCUCUGCAGGAAGGAGAUGUGGCUUUGAGUGCUGUGUCACUGCACAAUGGUCAUUGCUCAGCACUCCUGGCUGAGGCUGAGUGAAGAGGAGGUUCCCCUCGUCCUGCCACUGAAGCUUGGCUUGGUGAAGGUUUCUGCUGAUGCUGUCUCGCUCUCCUCAAGGACUCCAGUGGAGUGGACUCUCCUUGGCCAGCGUGUUCCUGCUCAGGGCAAGGAGUGGUUUGCUGUGGAAUAGGUUAUUGGAGUAGGAUCUGCACAGCCAUAGUAUUCCUGUAGACAGCAGUGCUAGAUGACAACUCAGAGGAAGCAACCUCUGAAGGGAUUCUGCAACCCCCCUCUCCAAGCAAGAGCCUCGCACUGGCUGCCUGGGACUGACUGUGGUGCUCCCACUGGGUGGCUGAGUCUCAUUUGCCUCCUGAAGCAGAUACCAGGAGCACCUUGGAGCAGCUGGUUGGGAACAGAGCCUGGCAAGUCUUUGCUCAGAUUCCAGCCUCCCUGGAAGUCAUUCACCAGGGAAAGGGGGCUGAAUUUCCACUGCUCUGCCGUGCUGGCAAAGUGAAGGGGAGAGUGAAAGGACCCUGCUGUGCAGCAGAUCAGAUGUUUGAUGCUUCAGCUGCAAAGUAGGUGAGGCAUUGCUGCUCUUCCAUGCAAAAUCCACUGCUCCAGGAAGUGGGGCCUGCUUUGUAUGUCCCUGAACAGCCAUGGCAAGGAGUGUGUCCCUGGUCCUCUCACCCCUGGCCAGGCUUGCUGGCAGAUGGAUAUUCAGUCCUGAUUUGUGCUGUGAUAUAUCUGACCCUGCUCUUGGUGUGCUGUGGCAGGGUGAGGGAGGGGUGCUCGGGGAGGGGGGAAUCUGCUGGGAAAACCUGCUUUCAGCUUUUCCUCCUUGUUCCCUCUGCUUGUGAGGAUGUGCUUGCUUUUAGGACCUGCCCCUCGUCGUGUUCUGUGGGGAUCCAGGGUGCAGUGGCUGGGGAAGCAGCUGGCAAGAGCUGGAAUGCUGUUCUCCAGCUGGGAGCACCCCAGCACUGCCUGCUGCAUGUUCAGAGACCUCUCCCUGUGCAUCCCUCCUGCUGUCCUGUCCCCUCAGAGCAGCUGUGCCACCCUUGGAGGGGCUGGGGGGUGGUGACGCUCCAGGCACUCGACCUGUUGAGAUCCUCUGUCCCUGGCUCCAUCUGCAGCCUCACAGCAAGGGGAAGGGUGUGUUUAACUUCUGCUAUUGAGAAACAUUCAACCCAAACCAGCUUUACCUGUGCUAGUGAUGUCCCCAGAGGAGGUGUGUGGGUUUUGCAGUGCUGCAUCCCCAGCCUGUGUGGCUGGGCUUAUGGCAGUGUCCCUCCACAGGGAAGUUCAGGAGCACACAGUGCCUCCUGCUGUCCCUGCCCUGCCUGCCUGCCUCUCCUCCAUCUCUGGGGCAGAGCAGGCUUGUGUUGGCCCUGUCCCUUCUGCAGGGUGUAAGACAUAACUGUGGGACUUUGCAGCAGUUUUGGGUGGUCUUUCUUGUCCUCCAUCUGCCUGCAAACUCUCAGGGCUCAGUCAGUGCUCUCUGCCCCAGGAACCCAGCCAUGGCAGGAGCCAGGGAACAGGGCACCAGGGCAGAGAGGCAGUGGCAGUGUGUUUCUUAAUGUUUGAAAUGUCUCCUGGAAAUGCUCCUUGGCUUGCAGGGUCCCCAUUUUUCCUGUGGGAUGGGCUUUGAGGAAGGAGUGUAGUCUCAUCUCUGCCCUGCCCCCUCCUCAGUGUUGCAGCAGGCCCUUGGCACAGACACACUCUCCUCACCCCAGCAGCACCUGCUUUGGUCAGAUUUUGGGAUGAGGGCAGACUUUAUAGGCUAGAAGCACUGCUGGAGGGAAUGGUGGCAGGGAUGUAGACUCUGAUUUUCUUUGUGUGUUACUGGGGUUGGACACUCUGGGCAUCAGGAACGGCUGCAGGCAGUUCACACCUCUCCUGCAGUGAUCAGAGCGAGAUGUCCACGCAGGGAGCAGGAAAGCCUUUCAGGCCAGUGCAGGAAGAGCUGCUUCCCUUUGGAUCCGAGUCUUGCUGUGCCUCCCUGGGUGGGUGCAUGACUGCCUUAAGCGGCUGUGUAUGCAUCAGCCACCUGCCUGUGUGGUGUGAGGGACCCCAGGGGCUGCUCCCGCUGUCCCAGGUCCUGCAGCAGCACGUGUGAUGCCCAGUGCCUUCUGCAGCAGCCUCCUCUACCCUCCCCUGCCUCCCCAGCCCCGCUGCAGCAGCCCCAGCGUGUGCAGGAGGUGGUGGCCACGGCUUUGGCACCCUGGCUUGGGCUGUGCUGCCCUCUGAGCCCCGGCUGUGAGCAGGGACGUGGCUGCAGCCAGGAUUUUGGGAUUGAACUGGCUUUUCUCUCCGCUCCCACGGCCUGCGUGGGCCUGUGACUAAAGGGGUCUGCCCCUGGAUGCACAUCUCCUUAAGGAAACACGAUACAUACGGUCAGGUUUACAUUCACACUGUUCUUUUGAUAAAGCAGAAUAAAAUUAUUUUGUUACCAUU